GUAUCGCUCUAUCGAUCAAUAUUUUGGUGUAAAUAGUAUUCAUGAAUAUAUUAUUUUUUUAAUGCAAAAUUCAAAUGUUAAUUAGCAUGUUUAGUGGAUAUGUCAAUGUGGAUUGGCGAUUUCGGAUGCAAAGUUCCAUUGCCUCUGAGGCAGUGGUGUUUAAGUGCAAGUAACUGUCACUUAAUUGUGCUACUGGGAAUUUUCCGCGGAACGGCUGCAACGCACUUUCAAGUAAAUUCCAACCGGCGGCCGGGGUGGCAUCUUUGAUAAAGUAUCGAGCCCGCGUGCAGGAGAAUUUCCGGGUAAGGUGGACAACUUUGUACUUAAGGUUUUCAAGUAAAAGAAGGUUUGUAACUUAACGGGCGACGAUUGCACAUAUGGCGCGGCAGCCGAACGGAGCUUCCGGAAAUGGAGACAUGGAAGAAGGAUCAGACACUUUGGACAGUAGUGAGUUUUCCCGAGCCCCGGACGGUGGGUGGGGCUGGAUGGUGUGUCUAGGCUCGUUCUUGAUUAACUUUAUGCUGGACGGCACUAUGUUCUCAUUCGGAGUACUGCUCUUGGAACUACUGGACUAUUUUGGCCAAGGCAAGGCAAAGACUUCCUGGAUUGGAUCUUCAUUGCUGGGAAUGAGUAUGUUCAUGGGUCCAGUUGUCAGCAUCCUACUCGAGCGUUACACGUGCAGGCAAAUCACGAUCGUCGGGACGCUGAUUUCCGUGGUGGCGUUCGUCGUCAGCAUCUUCUCUCCUAACGUAGAAAUGCUCAUCAUCACCUAUGGCAUAAUUGCAGGAGUUGGUUUUAGCAUGUCCUUUAUUUCUGCCAUCAUCGUUGUCGGCCUCUACUUCAACAGAAGGCGUGCGAUUGCUACUGGAAUUGCUAUGAGCGGUAGUGGGCUCGGGACCUUUGCUUAUGCCUAUAUCACGGAUAUGCUUAUUAUCCAGUACGACUGGCGAGGAACUAUUCUGAUCCUAGCUGGUGUGCUAUUAAAUGGCAUUGUUUGUGGCAUUCUCUUCCGUCCAUUGUCAGACUGUGCUACGGUAAGCUGUGCGAGUAGCUCAGAAUAUAUCUCCGAUUCAAAUGACUCUGGAAAGGGCACCACAGAACUACGCAAAUUGUUGCUGGAACGGAGGUACAAGGAGAUGUGUGAUGAGCACAAUUAUGACAUGCUAAAGGUCACAAACAUGCCAGAAAGGCUUACUGUGAGCACUGCAAAUAUGGUACACCUUCCAGGAGACACUACGGCAUAUUUGCAGGCUAAAGAAUUUUCAAGUCAGACAAACUGCUCAAGUACUAGAAUAAAACCCAUAAAAAACCAAAUGUCGAAGCCAAGUGUUUUCUAUAGUGGAUCUCUGAACAAUUUAAGACAUAGACACAAUGCUGGUUAUCAUAGAUCUCAUGAGAUUGAUAAACCCAUUGUUGCCAUGGACAAUGAAAGCGACGCAGAAACAUGCCAAGAUUCUUCAACGUUUGUUGGCAUCUUGAAAACAAAUGUGAACUUGUUUAAGGACAACAUAUUCGUUUUACUUCUGCUUACUAACGUUUGCUGGACAGUUCAGUCCGUCCCGUUGACCUACAUUCCUGAUCUGGGCGUUUCAAAGUCGCUGACGACAUCUGAGGCAGCCACGCUUAUCUCCAUUGUGGGAAUCACAAACAUCAUUGGCAGGAUUAUGUCGGGCCUCAUCACGGACUGCCUCAACGUCAACUGCACACACACGUACAUUGUGACGUUAUUCAUGGCUUCCGCUAUGAGCUUUCUCAUGCCGUGGUGCAAUGGGUUUGCAACAUUGGCCAUAUGCAGCGGUGUCUUUGGACUCUGCAUGGCGACGCAUGUAUCCAUGCGGACAAUUGUACUGGCUGACCAUUUGGGCAUUGAACGGUUGACCAGGUCGUUUGGUCUGGUAGCGCUGUUCCAGGGCGUGGCCUUUCUCACCAACGCCCCUCUUGCAGGUUUCUUGUACGAAACGUUCGACUCCUACGUAAUGCCGUUCAGUUUCGCUGGAUUGAUGUACUUCCUAUCAGGACUGUUCUGUUUGGCUGUGCUCUGCCUUGAUAAACAUUCGAAUAGAGGGAUUGAAAUCAUAAUUGAGACAAAGGAUAUCGGGUGAAGAUUAUCUCUGCUCUUGGUAUUACACCUUGAAGGAUAUCAUGAGCCGUUUGGAGAACAUCGAUGUUAGUUACCCACUGAUGUUCAUACGAAAAUAACGGAAUAUAGACACGUGUAUAUAGACAACCUCUCAUGUAGGUGUUCCACUAAGACUAUCGAUGACAGUUUGCUCACUGCAAAGAAGAAAACAAGAAAAAAAACAAGAAAAAAAACAAUGUGUUGAGACAGCCCCAAGCACACUUUUAGGAUGAUAGCUUACCGUGAAAUUUUGACGGUGAUUCUUAAAAGGACAGAAUCAGGAUUUUAUAUAUAUAUUCUCUAUAUGCUCCUAGUAUCCAUUUUUAAUGUCUCCCUUAUCUAUCUAUAGAAAUAAGUGUCAGACCCAAUUGCAUUAACCUUAACGAAGUUGUGAAGGAACUGUGACUUAUUUCAUGCUUUGUUUUGAAUAUCAAAGAUGUUUAUAAAGAUGGUUAAGGCACUGGGUUGUAGCCGUGAAGUAUAUCAGGCUUCAAAGACUGAUUACAUUAUCCACAUCGUGUUGCUGUCUGAUGAUGCUACGCACUAGCGGAUACAGGGAUGAGAAAGGGAUCACACCUAAAAGUGCGCCCCCCCCAUGUAGAAUUAUUUUAUUCGCCCCUGUUAUAAUGUGAUUCUGCUUGGUGUAUGUGAAAAAUAAAAAAACAGGAAGAAAGUAGGGAUACUUUCUCUGUUUCCAAGAAAUCAGAAGUGCCCUUAGUGUUGACCAUUUAAGCGUUUGCCUCCUGUGUCGAAUCUUGGAUUCGCCCCUGUUAAAAUGUUAUUCUGCUUGGAUAAAUAAGAAACUGGAAGAAAGGAGGGAUUCCUCUUCUGUUUCCAAGAACUCAGACAUGUGCUUAAUGUUGACUAUUUAAUCUUUUGCGCAUUUAUCAGCCAAGCUCUAUGUUUAUGUUUUACAUUUUUAAAGCAUAAUUAUACGAUGUGAUUAAAACAAUCGAGUUGUAUAGCUAUCUUAAUUUUAUUGUACAUACAUCCCCAAAUAUUUAUGUCUUGAAAAUAGAUCUAGCGGGUAAUGGUUAAGGUCACCACUUUCGUCCUUUGUUGUUUAACAUAUUGAACAAUGAUAGGGAAAUCGUGACAUACAUUUAUGAAAUGAUAUUUAAGAAAUAUUACACACUACUUCGGGCCACAUGGCAUUAUAAGGACCGGCCAGUCAGCCCCCGAAGGUGAAUGGACGCAAAUGUUUCUGUUGUUACAAGGAAAUAGGACAUACUCAUCGAUUAGCUGUUUUUCUUAUCACUAUUGAAAUAUUUGAGGCCGGUUGGAUAAUUUUUCUAGACUUAUGUUCAGUAGGCAAUGGACACUGUUUUUUGCCAAAAAUCCAAAAAGAUUUUACUUAAAUAUUUUAUCAGGGUCUCACAAUUUGUGCCGUACAGUGCAGAAUAUGUAGAUACUAUCUGUAUUAAACUAAAAGAAAUCAAUAUAAGGGAUAUUUGCCUUUAAACAUAUUUUAAUAUCUUUGUUAAACACAAUCAGAUCGAGGGGGAAAGAAGGAACUGCUUAUAUGUUUAAUCACAAUGACAUUAUGGGUUAACAUGUAAUUGAAUGCUGUUUGAGCUUUGCUUAAUGUCAGCAACAUACCAAUCGCAUUUUUAAUAUUGCAUAGUUUAGCAUAGCAUAACACAAUGUCUUGUGUAUUUUGUUGACAAUGAUAUUAAUUGUGAUAUUAGAGCACAACAAAAAAUUGCAUAUCGUAGAUGCGAUCAUUGUCUUUUCAGGUAUUGUUUUUGUGAUGAACCACUUCAACCUUUAACAUUGUUAGCCUAUGUUUUUAACAAUGUGUACGUGAUAAUGGUAUAGUAUGCAUGGUUACAUGAAGCACAACGAGUGAACCUUUUAGUUGCUGUUGUAACCAGUAGCCAUUUGAAAAAGGUACAGGUCGUAUGCCUUUGUUUGGUCUUACAUGCUUCA